AUGCAAUCACAAAAGGCAACAAAACAAAUUUACGUCAAGAACAGCACUGCCCUAUCUACAAAGGAGCUGAAGUCCUGCAAGAUAUAUGGCGUGGCCUGGUUCCGAGAUUUUGCAGUCAAGACAAAAGCGUAUGCUGCUAUUGCUAGCACCGAUACUGCUGCUCAAAACAAGUUCAAGGAUGAUAUCUUUGAAGCCGUUCUUGCAACAGGAUUCCUGUGCAACUGCAAUCAAACAAGAACAGCUCCUCUGAUGCUGGAUCUUCAGACAAACUAUUGCAGAGAAGUGGAUUAUUAUCCAAAGACGGUCAGCAAAGCACAAGAUAUGUUGAAAAUUCACAUGGAAGUGAGUGAAAAUCCGGGAGUGAACCUCUACCAAGGAAAAGACCAACCUAAUAAAGGUAAAGGUAAAGGAAAAGGAAAGGGGAAACCGAAGGAUGGAAAGAAGGCAGCAUGUUAUGUAUGUGGCAACAAAGACCAUAUGUCUCCAAAAUGCCCAGACAGACUGCUACCAAAGACCCAAUGGAAGAAUCAGGAUCAAUAUGUUGACUAUGGGAAGAAGCUCAAUCUUAAUCAGAUUGGAGCAACUGUCCCAGCUACUGUUCCAGCUAUAGUUCCUGGAGCUUCAGCAUCCACAAGUGGAGCAUCAAGUGUUGCGGGAAGCGUUAACACACCUUUGCGACUUGCUGGUACUACAGGUAAUCAAAUGAUGCAAGUUCCUUCUGGAAUGCAGCUCAUGCAGAUUCCAACUCAAGGUGGCGGCACUGUUACUGUCCCUUAUUCUAUGAAUGCUAACGGUGAGAUUGCUUCAGUGGAAUGCAACUCAGCCAACAAGGCUUCAGUGGUGCUCAAGUGCGCCAAGGGUUCAAUGCAGUGA